ACACAGCUGCCCUGUGUGUGGGAUUUAAAAAAAUAAAAGACAGUGCUGGAUUGAGGGACAUUGAGCAUUGAGCCGUCACCCCCAUCCACCGCCAACAUGACUAUGGGAAAGAUCAUCUUUUACGAAGACAGGAACUUCCAGGGUCCCUCUCAUGAGUGCAGCAGCGACUGUGCCGACCUGCACUCCUACUUCAACCGCUGCAACUCCAUCAAAGUUGAGAGCGGAUGUUUCAUGGUCUACGAGCGCCCCAACUACAUGGGAAACCAGUACUUUGUGAGGAGGGGCGAGUACCCAGAUAACCAGCGAAUGAUUGGCAUCAAUGACUGCAUCAGGUCCUGCCGUAUGAUCCCCAUGCACCGUGGCCAGUACAGAAUGAGAAUGUACGAUCGUCCUGACAUGGGCGGCCAGAUGAACGAGCUGAGCGACGACUGCCCCAACGUCCAGGACCGUUUCCGUAUGUCCGACGUCAACUCCUGCAACGUGAUGGACGGCCACUGGCUGAUGUACGACCAGCCCAACUACAAGGGAAGGCAGUACUAUGUGAGGCCCGGCGAGUACAGGAGGUUCAACGACUGGGGAGGAUUGAGCCCCAAGAUCGGCUCCCUCAGAAGGAUCACCGACUUCAACUGAACUAGAGCUCCAAUUUGAACUAUCAACUGUCACUCUAGUCCACAAUAAACUUUGAUUCGUAAUAAAAAAAACUCAGUUUUAUGUCUUCCA